ACAAAUGGAAACGCGUACAAUUUCAGAGCAAAACUGCUCGUUCCACGGGAAGGAAACAUUUUCGCACACAAGGGGGAUGACAAUUGCGAAUGAAAAUUCUGUUGCAUUUAAUUGAAGAUCGAAUGGUAACACGAUUCGCUAAUCAGACUUUCCUUUAAUCCUCGGGGCUUACGUCGAAAUUCGGUUCAGCGUUUUAAUUGUCUCGUUGUCGGUCAAAGCUCCGCACUGGAAAGCGGCUCGAUAAAUAUUAAUAAGAGCGUUUUGUAACCGGGGACCGCGGGGCUCGUAAAACUAAAAUACACGGUCCGUAAUGCGGGAUCGCGUUCCUCUCUCGGAGUUUCACGCGAUUGAAUCGACCGUCGUGUCUGGAAGAACGUAUCGAAGGAUUGAAUCGCGUUAACCUCUGAAAGGACGCCUUUUAAAUUUCCUUUCUCCAUUCACCGCUGACUUUUCUUCCCUACCGACUCUCAGUUUUCCAAACGAAAAAACGUUCCUACAUAUACUACGUUAAUUCGUUAUCAAAGGCACGACGGAACUAACCGCAGAAAUAUUUUCCCUCGAGCUUCUCUACCCGCCAUUCCGCUCUCCAUAUACGAUCUUUUCUCGAAAUAUAAUUAUUCCUAGCCGAAUAAUUAUUAUUACACCAUAAAUGUUUGUGCAAAUUCAUGUUCUUAUGAAUGCAACUGAAAUGAAAUUUCUUCGUAGCUUAAAUAUUAGAAUACAUAUUUUGUUUUGAAUAUUUGGAGUAUUUUUUCAUAUUCUGUGUGUUCUAGAAAUAUGACUGUUCAUGAUGAAUGAAUGUUUUGUUUUAGACAUUUUGGAUAUUUUCGCGUAUUCCACUUUCGUAUUUAUUCGCUGCCUUCUCUGUUUGAAAACGAAUUUGAAUUUACUAACUUUUAAUUCCGGGAUUACAGAAGCGUCUGGUUAACAGAUUAAAUUUUCCAUAAACGCAUAAACGUUCUAAUGAUUGUUAUAAUCCCUGAUCAAACAUUAUCGGCAUAUAUUCCAUCACAUGCACGAUGACCCACUCUACUCUACACAAGCGUACGAAAAAUACAUAUCAGCAGCUUAUAUCAUCUUGCUGCCAGCUGUCAGAGACAAACGUCUCUCGUCUACGAGGAAUUUCGACCACUCCUUAGGUAUCAUUAAAUCCACGCCAGUAAAAGAAGCAAAAAGAGGAGGAUCGUAUAACCUUUAUGGCGUCCCUAGGAAUCAAGGAAAACACGAGGGAUGAACACAGCCAGAAAGAGACCGCAAGAAAAAGAGCGAAUUCUAAGAUGAAGAAGAACAGGCUAAAUAAGUGAACGAUGCGCUAUCGCGAACGACGCAGACGAUACGAGCGGUUAGACGACGUCCAGGAGUAAGCGUCGAGAUUAUAAGGAACGCAUACAAACCACCCCAGCUUGCUCUCUUCUCUUGGCGACCACGUGGACAGAAGACAGAGAACAUUCGACGAACAAGCACAGCUAGAGCUACCUUGUACAACAAGGACGUCUCGUAACUGUAACCAGCGAGGAGGAGGGAGAGAGAGAGAGAGAGAGAGAAAGAGAAAGAUAGAUAGGAAAAUACCUGCAAGAAACAGUAAAAGGGUGAAAAGGAGAAAUAUAGAGGGGGUGGUAAACGAAGGCAGAGAGGAAAAAGCAAAAGGAAAGCAGGACGCAAAGCUGGCAAUGAGUAAGGAGAAGGACCAAGAGAGAUCUUUCGGUGAGUGGAAGAGAGAGCUAGAUGAUUGGCAAAGAGAAAGAGGAUGAAGAAGGAAAAAGAGAAAAGGUAACAUGAGCGAUGCGCUAUCGCAAAACCCUGGCAGCGAACGCGGCACGACGCCGGGGUCGGCGCUAUCGAUUGGCGUCGGCGUUUCCUCGACGUCGCUAUUUGCCCGCCGCCGACGUUUCCUUUCUCUCUUCCUCCUACUCGCCACCCUCUUCCAUUCUCCCUGUCUUGCUUCCUCGUACGUUCUCACCUCCGCUCCGUUCAUCCUGCUUCGCCACCCUCGAACCACCCUCCUUUUCGUCUCUGUUUACCCUCGCUUCUUCUUCUCUCUCGCCCUCACAACGCUUCCUAUAACGGUGUCUCUCUCUGUUGCACAGAAUCACCCUUCUAUUCGUCGAGCUUCUACUAUCUCUAUAUACUUCUUCUCUAUCUUCUCUAUUUCACUACACAUUAGACGAUCCCAUCUCUGUCCCGCCGAAUGAUUCCACCACCGGCUAGAAGCAACCACCCUUCGUCCUCUCGCCAUCUACACCCCCUUGUGCAGCCUGCUAGUUGCAUAGCUAUCUUCGUUGGUCUCUCGUUGCUCUCCGUACCCGCUCCUACCUCCCCCUCCGUUCACGACUCUUUUCCAUCCGACGCGGUAACAGGUGUUGCUCCGGCCCCGAACUCGUACAAAAUCGAUGGGCAAGAGCCACAUCGGCGUCGCGGCGAGGGGUGGGUUACCCCUGCCGGUUCGCUCUCUUGCUCGGCUUCCUCGUUCCUCUGCUCGUUUCAACCCCUCGAUCGCGGAGCCAGCCAGAGCUUUAUAUAUACACGUAUAUGUAUAAUGCCUGACGUGUGUGUUCGCGAGACGGUGUGGCAGUUCGUUGGAGAUGGAACGGAGCAAAAGCGAAACGGAGAGACGACGAGCAGUACGCUGCUCACGCUUGACAGGGGAUGGUUGAUAAAGCGGAACAAGGAAAGAAAUAACCAACGUAUAGGAUAAAGAAGGAGAAGCAGUUUACGGGGGUGAAAGAGGUACUGGGGAUGGUUUACGGAGCAGGACAGAAAUAGGAGGAAAGUAUGGAAGAAAAAAAGAGACAAAGCGUAAAGAGGGUGGAAGAGGACUGGGAAGACAGAGAGGGCAACACCGGGCAGGUUGUGUGCAGGCCUUUUAGGGAGGGAAGCGAGAAGGAGCUCUGCACGAAGCGAGGAGGAAAGGACGCAGGCGCCCAGGACGCGGGGCGACGCUGCUCGACGACGCUGCAUUGGCAGUUGCACCCCAGCCACACCCGGUACGAGCCAUGUAGUCGGGCUACCCUCCACCGCGAUACACGGCGGACAAUUGUUGCUUCUGCGCCCACAGGUGGUACAUCUUCAUCUUCGAUCUUCGUGCCCGUAGACGUUCGCGUCCGGUGUGCCACGUCGUCGAACGCGACCGGGGCCCAUGGACGAGCCUCGAUCUAUCGUUGACCGGUCGACCAAGCGCGCGUCGUACUGCUCGUAACCGCGCUCUGCUCGUCCAUGUCGUGCCUCUCUCUACGUGUCUAGAGACCCUAGUGUUACUUACGUGCCACCGCUUGCAAAAACCUAUUUCGUUUCCUCGUUCAACGUCGUUUUCAACGUUCGCAUUUGUUUCGUCGUCGUGGUUACUUCUACGUAUACUUCCGUGGUGCUGCUUUCACGAUACUCGCGUCUAUGUGUAUUGUGAGCUUGGGUUUUCCGUGUGCGUUACUCGAAGCAACCCCUCUACGGCAAACGAUCCAGUCGUAUCGAACCGAGUAGACAGGUAAAGUCGAGCCUGAAUUAUUUCUGCGUUAAUCGAAGGUGUUAGGGAGGAAGAGGAAUAGAAGAAAGAGAAAGGUGAGACGAAGAAAGAGUACGAGGAGGGACUAGGAACGCAUACGUGGUUCGUCGCCGUGAGCCACCGGCGAUCCAAGGCUGCGACGAGGCCCGCGAACAGCCGCACGAGGGCAGAGUUGUAGCUUCACGCGGGUUCCUCCUUUCGCGGUGCUUCCCCGCCGUACAAAACCAGCCAUCACCAGUGCGAGGAGGCUAAGAGAGGGCGAAGAAGUCGCGCAAAGUCCUCCUACGGGUUUGUUCCUGCUUUCUGACUGGCAAGCAAGACACCAAACUACCGGUAGACACUGAGACAGGGUGAAAGAGAGAAAGGGAGAGGGGACCACUUACCAGAGGGAGUUAUCGACUACACACGUAAGGCGACAGCGCACACGUACGGAUACACAAACAUCGCGGACCUGUUGUCCAACUUGUUGCUCGUCCCUGCAAAAGGCACACCUCGCCUGCCUCCACGACGCACACGUUUGCUUUCCGAAAAAGGACCUUCGGUUAUUUACAAUUCGUUAACUCGAAGAUAGCAGCUUGAAUUUUCAGCUGGAAGAACCACAGCCUGGCUGGAACGGUCUGUUAUUCAGCCUACCGAGAGAAUCGCGAUUAAUCGAGCGUAUUUUAUAAAUCCGCUCGCUCCAGAGAUAAGAAACUGGUGAUUCGAUUUGCUCCUCUACGCUACUGGAAUUGUACCUUCUUAUUAGAAAAUCUGUUUAAUGGUGGAAGAUUGAAGGUUCUACGAGAGACUGUCUUUAUCGGGAAAAUCGGUGAUUUGUAUCGAGAAGAAGGAAUAUAUUUGGAAAGAUUUUUUUCGAAUUUACUGGAACGGUUUUAGAGAAGGUAAGAGGAAGCACGCGGCGUCGCGACCAUCAUUUGUCGGAUUCACCGCACUCGAAAUCGCCGAGAUGAGGGUAUCGUCGCGAGAAUGGACACGCCCGAUGCUGCACGAGAGUGUUGCCGGCAGAAUGGAACGAUGCUCGGAUCAGGAGGGCGAGUAGACGGUGAAAAUUAGUCCGAGUGGCGAGCACUGACCUCUGAGAGAGACUCGAUGCGGUAUCAGGACGAACCAAGAUAUAAAACAUGAAUAAUUAAAUAUAAUAUGAAUAUUCAUAAAUAAUCAUAUAUGUACAUUUGAAGUAUAUGUACAUUUUUAAUAACCGUGAACACUGAAACAAAUUUUAAUCGAAGAGAGUCAAACGGCGUACGAAAGAAAAUUACUGAAGAGGAUAGCGUUAAUAAAAAUAGUUGAUACGGAUUGUUUGAAUUUUAUUAAACUACGAUGAAGCGUAUAGGUGAAAGAUUUAUCCAGAGGAAGAACGUAAGCACCGGAGGCGACAGUAAGCGGAAGACAGGGCAAAAGUAGACGAAGACCGAGGAAUACAGUAAGAACCACGUAAUCUUCCACCCGUGAAUACAACGAAAGCAAUAUUACAAACAAGGUAAAGCAACAAAGAGAAUCUAAGAAAAGAAACAAAAGAAGCAAAAUAAGAAGAAAUAAAGCAAGGCAAGCUACAUUUUUCUUUCUCUCUUAUAAACUCGAGUUACACCGAGGAAUCUCAUCUGGAACCACGUACAUUAACACGCGCAAACCAAGUGUUAUUAAAAAGAAAGUUUCCAGUGAGGAAACAAUUGCGGAUAAUCCCAACUUCCGGGUGUAUCUGAAAUCUCGAGUUGGACUGACUCGCUUCGCCGAAAAGAUAUUUUAAUAUAAAUCUAUACACGUAUCUAUAUAUGUGUAUAUAUACACACACUAUAUAAAUACACAAAUAUACAAGUAUAUUUAUACACACAGACACGUGUGUAUAUAUAUUUACGUGAAAUACACACGUAGCUCCGUUUGAAAUCGUGCAACGACAUCUAGAAUUAAAAUACCGCCCCCAAACGGCGAUCGGAAUCGACAUUUCCGGUAGAAACGAGCCCGCCACAAGGAAGUGUCCCGUUUUUAUCAACUCUGCGAAUCGAAUAUCGAUGUUGCAAUUACUUGGAGUUUGACUAGUUCCUCUCGAGACGCUCGUGUAAGUCCACUUGGAACACGUUUCAUCGUACGACACAGGGAACACAGGACGAAAUUUGUUUAACGAGCAAGAGGAGACUCGAUAGGUGAUCCAAUCGCGAACAGGAAGUAGGAUGAGGACGAGAAGAUUGACGAUGAGAAACGAGGCGUUGCUGGGCUGAAACAUCGAUCGUUCGAUCGACCGUAAUCCUGGUGGCCUCCACGAGGACCACCAGGGCGACAUUUUGCGCGAAUCGAAACCACGAUCGAUCGUUUGAUAAACGACGAUCGUCUUCGGCUGAACGAACGUCUAUCUGGUGCUCUGGAAGUACAAACUCGGGAAGAAUUGAUCAUUAAGAAAAAUAUUUUGUUUUUCGAAAAGAAUAUAAACAUCGGAGGAUUUCUUCUUAUUCGUCACACCUUUUUUUAACCAGAAAUAUAAUCGAAAUAAUUCGAUAAAAAUCUAUCCGAUGCUCUGGAAAUACGAAGAUAGAGAAGAAUUUUUUUCCAAAAAAAUAUAAAAAUUGAAGGAUUUCUUUUUGUUAGUUGUUUAUUCUUCAUCUACAUCGGAUCUGAAUUUCUCUCUAUUUAGGACCAAGAGAAAGAAACCAAAAGCCAAGAUGCCGCGGUGUUAUAUGGUGAAGAAGGCCCUGUGCAACAAGUAUAUAAGCAACGUUGCCAGAGGAUUCGAGAGCUGGGGUCGCGGAAGGACCACGCCAUCGCCGACCACCAUACAAAUCCCAGUUUCGCCCAUAGAAGGGAGCGUCGCACCCCCUGUUGCUCAAGAAUACCUGAAUACGAAGUCCCAAGACACGACUGCGACGGCAGGAGCGAAGACGCUCGAGCAGAACGUCCCGAAGGAGAAGGUAAACGAGCCUAGCAAUGUGGACAUGACGGCGACGACAAACACCACGAGUACACCAUCGACGGAAUCUUCGACUACAGCUCGAACGGAGACAUCGGUGAUCACCUGCACAGCUACAUGCUCACCGUCCACGGUGGUAGCUCCGCAAACGACAGAAUCAAUCGCCUUGAGCGUCGAGGACACAACGAUCACGACGUCCACGUUGCCUUCCACGGCUCCCAGAUCACCGUCCAAAACAGUUCACACAGACCAUCAGCAACAUACGACCGUGCUCCAUUACACGCCACCGAGGGAGCCUUCUCCACCCUUGAACACCGCUACUCAGUACCACGUGGAAGAAACAGCGGAUCAUUCCACGUCUGAUUCAAGAAUAGGGUCCAAUAACGGCAAUGUGAUCACCAAUUACGUGUCCUCGAUGUUCAAAGAUCGUUCAGCGGCUGAAACAGAAGCUGCACACGAUUUACUAGAGCUCUCAAGAUCGUUGCCUCCGUUACCACCACCCAGUGUCGCCAUCGGGCCACAAAACGUGAUAGAGUCACCUGCAACCGAUAUCCAAGAGAUGACGGUGUACCAACCGAAUCAACCGAUCUACCAAGUGAACACUAUCGGUUUAACAAGUUCUACAGUCUACGCCCAUCACCAACACCAGCAAUCAACAACAGCGAGCAUCAUUUACGAGCCCAGCGCAACGAUAGUCCAGCAAACAGGCAGCGUGUUCAUCCCACUGUCCCCUGUUCAAGAGAUUCUGCUCACCUAUAGCACGCCGUCCAUCCCGUGCACGCCGACCAUCCCGUGCACACCGACCAUCCCGUGCACGCCGAUCAUGACUACACAUCAUCCACCCCAACUACUACCACAGCAACAGCAUCUUCUCCAAGCCAUAGAGGCAGCACCACCAUUGACCCCACCCACGUCAGAGUGUAGCAGCGAUAUUGAAAAUAAUAAUCCCAAUUCGCAACCCAGUCAAAAGGAUAAAGAGGUGCAAACAGUGCUCGAACAGAGCGAGGUGAAACCGGCGAGUUAUACGUAUGACACUUUAUUGGUGACUGACGGAAGGUCAAAGAAUAAGAAGGUUUUACCUAUUCAGAAGACGCAGGAGGCUGAACCGGUUGAGGGACUUGAGGCGUCAAAGAUCGGGCGUUACGUCUGUUGCGAGUGCGGUAAACAGUACGCGACUUCGUCAAACUUGUCACGACAUAAGCAAACCCAUCGUAGUAUCGACUCGCAAUCGGCGAAGAAAUGCAUCCACUGUGGCAAAGCAUACGUAAGCAUGCCAGCCCUGGCGAUGCACGUGCUGACCCAUAAACUAACACACAGUUGCGGUGUCUGUGGCAAGAUGUUCUCCAGACCGUGGCUACUCCAAGGACACCUGAGAAGUCACACGGGCGAGAAACCUUACGGGUGCGCGCAUUGCGGCAAAGCGUUCGCCGAUCGGUCGAAUCUGCGCGCCCACAUGCAGACGCACUCCGCGGACAAGAACUACGAGUGCCAUAAGUGUCACAAAUCGUUCGCGCUCAAAUCUUACCUGAACAAGCACCUAGAGUCCGCCUGUCAGAGGGAGAACGACGAUUCCAACAAUGACCUAGAUGCGCCUCAAUAGAUUCCAUCGAGUUACGGUCACCUUUGGCGCUAGUGUCGCUGCACGUCAUCAAUUGGCGACACAUCAGACGAUCAACGAAAUGCAAGAAAAGAUUCUCCAAGGUGCAAUCCCUUCUGGUAUCAACUUCAAUGGGUCAAUUCAAUCUUUCUGGAAUUCAACAGUUCCAACAAUGAUGACUACUUCGUUGUUUCCUUUCCUCCCUCUCGUAAACAUCCACAAAAUCCCACGAAACAUUCUCUCGAUGAAAACCGUAAAAGGAAGGAUUCGUCCACGAAACAACAGAAACAACGAAGAAUUUCGAUCGUUGACGUCACAGGUGAUUUUUCGUUAUUAACCAGCAAUCACGAAUUCAUCGAGUUCCCAGUCUGGGUAAGCGAACGAUCUCAAACUGAUCGCGAUUCAUGUCACCAGAAGCUACCAGCAAACAAGGAACAGACAUUUCGAAGAUGAAACCCAUAAAAUAGGCGGACGUUGAACCAACGCGAGAAUAUCGUGGCUAAACUAACGUUCUGAAUUCUCGUUUCGUUCUUUGUGUGAGUAAACGUUCAAAGGCGUAUAUUAUUAACAUAAGCUGAUUAUUAAAGUCGUGUUCGCACAGAGAAAGGAACGUUCGAGGAGAACGGAGCGUAUAUACAGGGAUAAAUCGUCGUAAAGUAAGGAGACGUGUUUCAUUACAUCAAGACGCGCAUGGUGCGAUUCAAACGACAUUCCUUUCGUCCAUGGACGCUCGAUGAGAUUCUAUUCGUCGUCCGGUGAAAUCGAUAUUCGCGUGGCAUCAAGGGAAACGAAAACGACGCUCGUUCGCUUCCCGAUGAAGUGUCUGGAAUACGAUAGAGAGAGGCAAAGAACGAACAGCGCGGCGAAAAUCGAUGCAAUACUAUCGAGGGACCAUCAAUUUGUGAGUAAAAUUCAUUUCGAAUCGCCGAUAGUCGAUGGGAACCGGGUCAAUUCUAGUCAAAGAACUUCGGAAUCCAAUGAAAAUAAUGCAUGCUCCAAGUACGCUUACUAGUCGAUUUAACGACCUUCUCUUUGAUGAAACUUGGCAGUUUUCAGAUGUCGCGUGGCAAUUCGUGUACCAUCGUCUCAUUUUUAUUCGUUUUCUGCGUGCUCUUCUGCAAUUUGACUUAACGUAAUAGCCUGUAUAUAGUGGAUCCACUGAUUGGGAUCAUUAGCAUGUUGAUAGGGAUAUUUGACUUCUAUCUUAGUUCUGUCUAGUCGCGCGGAAUAAAAUAGUCGAAACACAGACUGAAACGUGAUUCGUGAUAGGAAAAGCGAUCUCAAACGACCAAUUAAUUUCAGGACAAGCUAUAGCCAAAGAAAAUUUCGUUUGAUUCUCCAUUUCAUACUUGUCAACGUUUUAACGUGCCUCUUCUUUUUCGAUUCUGCUCGACACUAAUUUCAACCUCAUUCUCAACUUCCUUUCGUAUUUUUUUUUUUUUUUCGUACAAAUGUAGUAAUAUCGUCACGACGAGGUAAAACAAUAUAUCGUAUCGUAACGUGACCUUCGUCGAAAUGAUUCGCGGGCAAGUUGAUAUCCGAUACCUAUCGAUGGAUGAUAGGAGACUAUCGAUGUUAGAAGCGCGAGAAGUUUCCACGCGAACGUAAUUUCCUCGAGGAAUCGUUUUCCCAAAGUUCCAUCGGCGCCCUUGGCGUACAAUGGAAACGAUGGAGGGAGGAUGAGCACACGUCGGAGGUUUUCAUCAACAUUUCACGUAAACUGGACCACCUGUUGAAUGCAGGAAUGACCAUUGGUGGCGAAAGGGUCGCUCUCUCGUUUCGCUCUCCUAAAUUAUAGAACAUCCUCCCGUAAUUUCCUCGUUGUCAGAAGUAUAGGCCAACGAGACCGCUAUUUUUCGUUUUUUCUUUUUUUUUCUCUUCAAUGAGAGAUGAUUUAUAGAAUGACUCGAUCUGCAUAUUAAAAAAUUACGGAAAUUUUUUACAUCCCCGAGGAAUUUCCUAAUCAUCUACCUAGUCAGAAGCUUCUAGUUGAUGAUCGAUCAUUAACAAAAUUUUGAGUUUCUUCUUUUAUCGUAAAUUUCGAAAAUGGAAAUCUCCUUCGACAAUUUCUAAUUUAAUAACGCAAUAAUGCAACUCUUACUCGAUAGUUCGUAAGUGCAUAAAUUUUUAUUUUAGGAAUUAAUAAAUGAACAAAUAUUGCAAAAUAGAUUUAGACUGUUCUACGCAUAAGAUCGUACUUAGAUCGUUAGCUACGCUUUCAUCGUUCCUAGUCCAAUAGUCGUUUUAUUUAUCGUCUAGUUCACUCGUACUUACAACGUUCUUAAUCCUAAUAUUAAUUUAAUAGUUUAUUAUAACGACGGAAGGGAAAUUAGGGCGGGAAAGACGAAAGGAAUGUCGAAGUAUAGAAAAUAUCAAGGACAAGCACCGGACAAGAAACUGAAAAAAGAAAUAAAGAGACUUCCGCUCUAGUCAGUGAGAUACGCUUGUAUUGUAUCGUUUUAUCUUAGGUUGCCUCGAAAAACGGGGCUAGUCUUGUAUAAUAGGCGAAGUGAUUGUUCUUAAAUUUAAGUUGUUCGUGUCGCUAUUGCUUUCACGUGGGAAAAAACGCGUUUUUUAUAACGACCGUAGAGAUAUUUUGGUACGAAAACAUUUUCAGCGAUUAGAAAAAAAAAAAGACAAGAAACUUAGGGGAUCGACCGAUUGUAUUAUUGCGUACUCGAGGUAUCGGUUAGUUCGCGUUAAGUAGUUUUUAAACGGACGCAACGGUAAAAACGAGCUUUAGCGGUUUAAGUUUCUAAUAAACUAAAGAAAAUGAGAAUAAAACGGCGUCGAACGCGUCUGCAAAUUUUCUCGCGCCGUGUGUCUGUUUAGCAGAGCAACGUCGAACCUCGAUCUCGAGGAUUUUCACGUCUGCAUUCGACAUACCAGCAACGUGCAAGUGAUUCUUCGAAAACAGAGAAUGAAAGAAAAUUCAACCCUUAAAGGCGAUCACGAAUGAAAGUUCAUUGAGACGAAUCUUCUUUAAACUACAAAAUUAAGUGUUUUAUCGUCGUUCGAUCUAGAUGAGGAGCAGCAAAAUUACCGUUUGAGCUGGUCAAAUAACAUGACGGUGGUGGUAUCGUUACUAGACGAUAAUAUCAAAACAAGAUCCAUGAUAGCCUUGAAGGGUGAAAACUGAGAGAAAGAGGAAGAUUUUAAAAACAGAUACAACUCUGAAUUUAAUUCCGCUCUUUUUGAUAGAUCGACGAUUGUAAACGGGAUUAAUGAAAUCACGUGUACGUUGCUCGUAACAGUGUUUGAGCGAAAAGUCAGAAAUAGACUUGCCUAACGUUCGUCCGUUCGAUUCUAUAAGACUAGAUUGGCUGUUGACAUGUAAAUAUAUUCGAUUAUUUUUCCACGUUCUUAUAUAAAGUCUAUUAUAAUUGUAAGUAUAAGGUUCCUAGAUGUAGUAGCUAUUUUCUCUUAACGCUUUUAUUUAGAUCAUUUUAAUUAACGAUGAGUUAAGCGAGUCUGUGUCUGACCAAGUUUCAAAGAUUAAGGGAACAGCUUCGAAAAUCGUCCCGCACGUUCGUUUCCAUGGGACAAACCAAACAUUCAAGUUCUAUACAAUAUUAUGGGAGACGGAUAAUAAUAGUUCAUGCCGGUGUUGCGAUAACCGGGAGCGACCAAUUCGAACAGGUCGUUGGCAAAUUUGAUCCACAUCUUCAAUGAUAUUCACAAGCUGUACCAGUCUCGUUUUCGUGCUCUAAUACACAAUACUCGACAGUCAAUCGAAUCUCUAAUCAAUUAGAGUUAACCUCGUAACGGUAGUCAAUAAUGAAACAAAAGAGAAUGAUCUAUAUGGUUAUCAAAGUACAUCUUCUUCAUCAGCGCAACAAAUUUUAACAAAGAUAAAACUUCUUAGGAAAGGCGAAGUAUAUUAACGUCUGGAUUCUUCGAAUUAGAAAAUUAAAAAAGAUAUAGUAUAGCGCAAGCAAUUGAUCACUGAGAUAUUAUUAUUUAAUGAACAGCUACGAUACCUUUUUCUCAUUCAAUAAUUGCUAGACUAGAGAUUUUUAUGCAUUUAUGAGAAAUUUCGAGAAACUAAAAUGAACAGGAUACGUGUAAAAUAUGGAAAGUGGAGUAGUUGUUAUAAUACUUACUAGGUGAAAUAAAUUUCUGUUUAGAAUCACCAUAUCUUUAGUGUCGCGUUCAGAAGAAUAUAAAUUCGCAUAGAUACCUGCAGUCUAAUAAUCGCUACGGUGGUGAUAAAUAAUUUGAAAGGUGCUAGAUACAAGUAUGAAGGCACGGUGCUUAUUAUUAACGCUAUUAUUAUUAUCUUUAUCGCAUAAUACUAUUCCUAGCAAAUUUCUAAUAAUUCUCGCCAUUGUUUGAAUUAAAAAGAUCUGCAAAUAAUUAAAUUCCUUCGUUUAAGAUCAAACGGCUCAGCGAUCAAUGCUUGACUCGAAUAAAAAGUUACAAAAAUUCGUUGUCGUCUCGAAGACUAUUUUCAGCGUCGAAAAAAGUUUUCGAAACACGAUUUCCUCGAUGCUUUUUUGUCGAAUUCGUGGACAGGAAAGCAUGAUAAGUUAGUGGAGUUAAUUAUUCAAUGGUAAAGAGGAAAAAUAAAAGGGGGAAAAAAGAAAAGAAACGAUGUAGCAAACCGCAGAACUGAUGAACACGCGAAUACAAACUAACGUUAGAUCGUCGCCGUAGUGUAAACUUGAACGAAAGCAAAAAAAAUUUACAAAAAAAAAAAAUGGUACGAUAAAAAUGGUGUAAUUAUUAACUAUAUUAACGAUAAACAAGCAGUCGACGCUAUUUUUUAGAUACGCAAACGAGUUAAGCCAGGACCCAGGACGAUCAUGCCUCGUACGUUUCUCGGUCCAGUGAAAAUCAAUUUUUCUUGUUCAACGUCAUAAAGAACACACAAUUUUUAUUGGCUGUGCGUUCGUACUUCGAGCCGAAUUUAAUCGAAUUGGAGGAAUCGUGCAUGUGUACGACGAUUAUCUGGGUAAAAUUACUGUGAUAUAUUUUAAAAAUAACUUUAUUGAUUUCAUUGGGAUUAUUAUUAAACUCGGAUUGUAGAGCAGAAGUUAAUAAUAUAUUAUAUUACAGGAUAUUUAGAAAGAAAGUUGGAAAUGAAAUUUUUAAAACAUUAAUCGCUCCUUCUUACAGAAAGAUUGAUCCUUAAAGGCUACCUUAAAUGUUACUUGGUAAAAGUUCACAAACGGCACAUCUAUUACGAAUAAAAAGAAUUGACAAAGUUGGACAAGUAGAAUUAAAUGUUUCAUUGUUAUUCGAUAUUAGAAGGUAGAAGAUUAUUGUUCAAAGUGGUUACAAAUAACAUUGUACUGUUACAGAGCGAUAAUAUCAAGAGAAAAUUCAUAUGAAGUGAAAUUUCCUAACUUGUAAAUAGCCUUUAAGGGUUGAACAUCUUUCGGGCCGCAAAAUGACUUUAAAUUAUAGGAUCGAAGUUUUAAAACGCCCUGUAUAUUGAAACUAAUUUCCGCGUGACAACGAAUCAAGAAGUUUCUAAGUUUCUAAUCAGAGCGAGAUCUGUCUCGUAAGUUGAAGGAAACUUUAUAAUUGCGUCGUUAUAUUAUCAGCAUAAUUGAUCUAAAUCUUUCCAUUGGCCAAGUUUUUCAGUACAACAUAAUUUACUAAUUUUCUACUUUUUGCGUAUGUCAGAGUUAAUUACUCGGAUUUGCGUCGUGCCGUCACGAAGCCACGCUUAACCGAAUUUUUCUAGUAGAUAAAGCUGAUUAAACGGAGCCCUGAUGAAACUUAUUGCCUCAUAGCCGUUAUAAUGUUAGCUAAAGGACAAACGAGCCGAAGAACGAGGAAAGAGUGGAAGCAGAACGAAACAAGAGAAGAUUUUCCUUGUUUCUUCAGCGAGAGACCGAUUGCUAUUUCGAUUCGUCGCAUAAUUAAGCGUUUAGAAGACUCUAAAGAGGACCAAAGUACUUAAACGUAACUACGCCGAAGCCGUGGCGCUCUUAAACACAGCGAUAAAACGUAAUUAAUGUCACCUUUCGCGAUUGUUGUCAAUAGGCAAACGAGUAACAAUGAGAAGGAAAAGAUGACGCGAGAAAGAAAGAAAAGAAAGGAAAGAGAAGAAAGAGAGUAAAAUAAGCGUGAAGGUGCUGACUGUUAAAAUUACGUACGUUCGAAAACACGGUAAAAAUGAACAACGAAACCAACGUGACAAAAGUUGUCCGCUGUAACUAUAAUUAAUUAACUUAUUAGACCGAAUAUGCACGAUAUAUGCUAUAUGUAUGUGUAUAUGUACGUAUAUGUUAGUCGAAUUUUCGCUACACCGAAACUUUUCGCGAGAACGAUCGCCUCUAAUUAAUCUCGAUACAUGAACGCUUUCAUAAAAGAAAAAAAAAAUUGCAAAUCGAGCUCGAUGUCUUUGGAAUUUGGAUUGUAUUGGUCCUCUACGAUAGAAUCGCUCUUAUAAAUACAAUUUAUAUUUCUUGGUAUUUAUAUGUUAAUAUAAAUUUUCUUGUAUAUUGCGAUAAAUUAAUUACAAAGUCAUGGUAUAGCAAUUGUCAUAGAUUGAUGUUAAGCUUCGUUUUCAAGAUUUUCUAUUUCUGAACGUAGUUUAGGAGAAAAUUAUUCGCAACGACGUAAGAGGACGUGAAAAAUGAAUUAUCCAUUGCACGUUAAACGGACAAUUUUCAGGCACUAGAUAAGAAACGGGUUAUCCUUUAUUAAAUCCAAUUAUGAAAUUAAUUAGAGCGCGAUCCAGGCUCGCCUCCGUACGCGAUAAUUUAGAUUUCGCUCGAGUUUCAUGCAGAGUCGAUAAGUCUGAAAUCUGCAAGUUAUCUGCGCCAUCAAAUCAUUUCGCAUGUACCACAAGAAAACACACGUAGACACAAAGGCAAGAUACGAGCGAACAACGUUAGGGAAAAAGAAACGCAUCGGUGAAAGCAGAACUUUAUAGAGAAGCAGGCAUGAUCAUCAGUAAACCUGGCUUUUGUGAAAAGGAUUUAAAAAAAAAGAGGAAAAAUGAAAACGAGGAAAAAAAGGAAAAAAACGUAAGAUAAACAGAAAACAUAAGAUUUAGAUUAGUGUGAUACAAAGCACGACAAAGCAAUAAUUUAGUGAUUGUAUGAUAUAUUUGAUUAGUGAGUUAGCGAGCUAAGUUUAAUGGUGAACUUUCGAAACCUAUAAAUACCUACUCGAUAAAUCGUAUAGUUUUGUAGAAAUGCUGAGAAGAUUCGCCACUUCAGAGAUGAAAAACAAAGAAAAAAAAUUAAGAAAACGCUGUCUUGGGAUCAAAGAUAUAGCGACGAAGGUCGGGAAAGGGUUUUUAGUAAAAUAUGUAAAGCUGACGAUCGAUGAUAAAAUUUCUUAACGAUCUUUUCUUCUUCUUGGAUUUUGAAUUCAUCAUUUUCCUUUUGUCCUCUUUAUACACUAUGCAUUGAUAAUCUUACACAUAUGUAUGUGUAUGUGAACAUCGCGUUUGAAGUACGUAGAAAAAUUGUUUUUGCAAACUCUGUUAUAAUAUUUACGUUAUAUUUUUUAUAUAUGCAUUUAUAAAAAUUCACAAAGAUCUUUUAUAAAUAAAUGUGCAGUUAUUCGAAACAUUUACUGCUACGUUGUAAGCAUUAAAAAGCACCAAGGGAUAAUUUUUAUGCGAAACGCGUAAAAACAUUGCAAAUUGUAAAAGUAACAUAUAAGUAACAAACAUUGUAAAAGUAAAAACAUUGCAGAUGUUUGCAUACAAAUUUAUGUUUAUACGUAACCCUUUCAUUGCUGAAAACUUCAAGUUUACAUAUUAUCUGCGUUCCGUACUAAGAGCAUCAAGCCAACUAGAAAUGAAUAAUAUUUCUUUCGUGCUAUUAACUAUGAUAUUAUAUGACACACUGCGUAUAACGAGUAUCAGUUGGAUUAAUUCAGAGAUAUGUAUUUGGAAAUUAAUGGUAAACAAUUGUGGUCUUCCUUUUUUAUACAAUAUGCACGCUCAAUACUAUAUUUAUGUAACUACACAAUAUGCGAGGAAAGAAGCAAAAUACGUGCAGAAAAGCCAACGAAGAAGUAAAUUGUGUCGCUGUUCUUAAAUUUCUAAUUGUUUCUGAUGGGAACAAUAACACGGGACGCGUAUAAAAUUAAACAUUAGCAAAUUUUUCGAUCAAACGAUACUUUUCUUCGGGGCAAAACGUUCAAUAUUCCCAAGGGCGUUUCGGCUCAUGAAAAUAAUUUUUAAAGAAAAAUCCCAAGACUGAUAUAGUGGAUAUAUCGAGAUGCAUGCACAUGUAUUGCUCCGAUUUGUUUAAACCCACAUUUAAAUGAGCUCAAAGCUUAUUUAUCUUAUAGAAGUCAUUUUUGAAUGUUCUAACUUCGUAAAUAACAUGAGAAGGAAGAGAGAGAGAGAGAGAGAGAGAGAGAGAGUAAGUGAGUGAAUGCAUGAGGGAAAAAAUAAACGAAGAUCUGGAAUUUCUACAUUCAUGGACGCAUCUUGCUCUCUUUUUACCGUAGAUAUUCUUUUAUUUUUUCUAGAAAUAGAUAUUGUACAAUUUGUUAUAUGCUAUACUCAUCGUUAAUAAUAUUUUAUAUUAAUAGGUUAAUAAUUUAAUUUCGUGAUACUCCUUACAAACACGAUAAAAAUACAAUACAUUCACGACAACACGAGAUACGCCAAGGAUAAAAAAAUUUGUUCCUAGAACCAUGACCUUUUUACUAACAAAGAAGAGACCUUCGUCGUAUCAAAGCAUUUUCAUAAACAAUUAUAUGUAUAUGAAGCUUCAUAUACAAAGAGCAAGUAGAACCGUUUACAUUUUUUUCCGUUUGGUCUUUUCUUUUUUCAAUUGCUAUUUUAAUAUAAACCAAAAUCCAAUUAAUGUAAACGUAUUAUGUUUCAUUGGUAUAUACUGCAGAAAUUCCACCAAAGCGAAACCCAACAAUUAGCGAUAAAAAGAAAACAGUAACAUACCAAAUUAUCAAUGUACUUACAAUAUUUAAGGAUAAAAAGUUUCAUUGCACUACAUUUGUAAACUUUAUUAAUUAUACGUUGCAAAAAAAAUGACGUGAACAAAAGUUGUUAUUCAUUUCACCUAAUUCAUCACUUCGUUCAUUUACUCUUUAAAAAAAAUAAUAAAUCAUACGAUCCUUGUCGUCUUAUCGCUUUGCGUCCUUCAAUCAACACACUAUAAUUAUAAGAAAAGUUUUUUAAUAAUUUAUAUUCAUUGUCACGCUUUUUGUACACAACUUAGUUUUUGUUACAAAAGGGCAUUGUUAUACAGUGGAUCAAACCGAUAUGGAAGUCUUUUUUUGCAAAACGGUAUUUAAUUUCAUUGAUAUUUAAAAGCUUCGCAGAUUGUAAAUUAUAUUAUCAUUUAUAACCAAUGCAUUCGAGUGUAUAUUCGUGUAUCGCUACUUAUUACACGUAUUUCAAACUAUAA